AUGUUGCCACAGCCGUUCUGGAUGCUUGACGGGCGGGAAAUGUGGUUGUGGAAAGAUGGGGAGCACUUGCUUAGAGGGGAGGCAGCUGGUGGUGUGGUGGAUGGGAAGGGGAUGCCAGAUGAAGCUUGGGAUGGCAAAUAUGUUGGUAGUGCCAAAGGUUCCUCUGGUGGAGGGCUGGACUUCCGAGGAUGGCUCCUCCCUAUGAGCACCAUGAAUAACAGCCGUUUCAGUGUCUGUCAAAGACCUAUCAACUUCAGCGACAAGUUCAACACUGAUGACAAUCAUAUUGUCCUCAAUGUCGAAAACCUUCUUAAGGAUUGGCCUACAUAUGUCAUUCAAUUCACGCCUCAAAAACCAGGACCGGUGAAACUACUGUUGCACUUGAGAGAUGCAAAAAGCUUAGAUGGAUUGAUGAUAACCCCGAAAAAAUCCUCCACUAGCGCUGUCAAACCUGAUCCAGAUACUAAUACCAUAGUUUCAAACACUCCCAGUGCCUCUGAGCUGGGCAGCCUCACACUCCUCGCAAAUCCUGUGCAGUUCCUGGGUGUAUUGGAAGACCCACCAGUGAAGAAACAAAAGUUCGCUGAUGAAGAUUCUGUUUGGCCUCCUCGCCGCUCUCGAGCCUACAGAGAUGUUCUGGAUCUACCCCUUGCUGCUUUUCGUAACCUCAUGAUUCUGUCUGCUCCUGUCAAAGCAGCAGUUGAUAGUCCUGUGUAG